AUUGAAGUGAAGUGUUGUUCCUAUGACUUCGGAGCUAUUCGUUUUCUACGAUUCAAUAGAUUCGCUUUUUGCGCGAAUCACCCAAUCUUUGCUAUCCAACCGCAUCCCUGGAUCGUCCAGUUCUAAAUCUGAACAUUGAAAUUCACGUAAUAUAGGACUAAACAUGUCUGUCGAAGAAAACAACCACAAACAGAAGAACGCCAAAGAAAAGCAAUACAAAAAUAGUAAAACUCCGAAUGCCCCGCGACGAGCUGGAAAUCAAACCAACAACAGCAAUGGCAAAAAACAUAUGAAACUGUGUCCCGGACGAGACAUCUACGAGCGAAUGAAUUUCCUGUAUCAGGCAUCGAUGCUGAUGGCUGACACCGCACCAGCUCUAUCCGGCAAUUACGGGAAGCUGAUGAAAUCUAUCGGGAAGAAGGCGACAUUGAGGAUCGAACCUGCGAUCAAACGAACCCUGUGCCACAGAUGCGGAGUCGCAUUGAUACCUACCAACACUGCCGAAUAUAGUGACCUUCGCAAGGAGAAUCUAUGCUUCGUGGAAGUGACCUGCAAAGUAUGUAACUACCGUAAACGAUACCGUAACUGGAAGGGCCACAAAAUCCAUCUGGAAGACUCAAAUUUUGUGAUAGAGACAUUAGCCUUUGAUACAAAACCUGAAUAAAGUAAAUUCACAAUCGUUUUCUAUAAAAA